GCAACAUCGCAUGUGUUCCUCAUUGGCUUCAUGGUUGUUUUGGUAUUCCGCUUCGCGUCGUCACGCAGCAACGCUGAAGCAUUUGUGACGUUCAUGUUGGACGUGGUGGGGCUGGUGUACAUCACCGGCAGUCUUUCAAUUCUCGUGUCGUUCGUGGACGACGAUAUUCGAAUUCUCUACCGGAAACUGCUAAUCGCGCUGCUGUAUAUUGUGUGGGCGUCCGACACUGGCGCGUACUUGGUGGGCAAGGCACUCGCGUUUUUCAAUUACCCGUACUACAAUCCACUGGCCCCUCAUUUGUCGAAGAACAAGGACUACGAAGGUACUCUGGGGGCGAUUGUCUUCGGCAUCGUGGCGAUGGCGGUGGCGUCGGAUAUUCUGAAUCUCCCCGGUUCAUUUGGUACAAAAGUGGCGUACACCAUCAUUGCAGUGGUCGCUGGCAGACUGGGAGAUCUAUUCGAGAGCCUGCUGAAGCGAGCAGCGGGGGUGAAAGAUUCAGGCAAAUUGAUUCCAGGACAUGGUGGUGCGCUGGACCGCAUCGACGCACUGAUGUUUGCCACAGUUGUGUUUUCUCGAUACUACGCCUUGCACACGUGAAGGAAGCUCGACAGAUGAAUUGCUGAAUUUAUUUUUUUUACGAAGGAGCGACUCGAUGAAACUACGGGUGCACCAAGAUUUUUGUCUAAAGUAUGAAUAUGAACGAGUA